CAAUUCACUAACUCUGCCAUUCUCCAUGAUCCAUUCAAGAGCUUUGGUUACUAUCGCAGUGCUUGGCAGCCUGUCUGGCGCAGCGAUAGCGGUCCCCAGGCCACAACAUGACCAGGUCCCGCUGGCCUCACAGUCUCACCACGAGCAGACUUUCCACGAGACUUCCAUCUACAGAUCAUCAAAGAUCGCCAACGCGAUGGGGCAUGGGUCCAACACGCCUCCAGAGUUUCACUUGUACGAUAAUUUUGGAAAGGACUCGCCGAUGCCUGGAAUAGCGACCUUUGCUCACAUCAACUGGACUAACUGCUUUGUUCCUGAGAAUGAUGGGUCUUUUGACAUUGGCAUCGUCGGUAUGCCAUUUGACUUGGGUGUGAGCUAUCGCCCAGGUCAGCGCUUUGGGCCGAUAGCUACCCGAAUGGCUGCGCAACGAAUGGCCCCUUUCAUUUCCUGGAGUAUGGCCCAUGACAUGGUCAACCCGUUUUUGGAUUGGGCGACUGUUACCGACUGCGGCGACAUUCCCAAUUCAGUAUUCGACAAAUAUGAAGCGGUUCAGGAACUUGGUAGUGGACUUCAUUCCAUGGCUUCCCGAAAACCAAAGAACACGGCCAUGGUUGACAAGGUUCGCCUAAUAACCCUUGGUGGUGACCACACUAUUACCCUUCCAUCUCUUAGGGCCCUUUACCCUAUCUGGGGUGAAAUCGCUGUUAUUCACUUUGAUUCACACCUUGAUACAUGGAACCCUGCCCAGUGGGGAGGGGGUGUAAACAAAUACGAUGAGAUCACCCAUGGCACGCUGUUGCAUUUCGCUCACGAGGAGGGCCUCUUGAAAAACGACACGGGAGUUCACGUCGGCACCCGAGCGGUACUCUUUGACAAAACGGAAGAUCUCCGACAUGAUGCCGAAUGUGGGUUCCGGUGUAUCAUGGCCACGGACAUUGAUACAUUUGGGAUUGAUGCAAUUGUCAAAAGCAUCACUGAGAGGGUCGGCGAUAGUCUUGUCUACGUCACCAUUGACAUCGAUGUUUUAGAUCCAGCUUUCGCUCCAGCCACUGGCACGACUGAGAUUGGAGGCUGGUCGACGCGUGAGCUCAUGGCCGUGAUUAGGGGGCUUAGCAAUGCAGGUGUAAAGAUCAUCGGGGCUGACAUCGCAGAGCUUUCACCCGUCUAUGACGAUGUCUCUCAGUCGACGGCGACAGCUGUUGCGCAGCUCGUUUUUGAGUUGUUACAAUGGAUGGUCAAAGGCUUAAUCUCGUCGUGUCGUGUAGUUUUAGUGUGA